AUGUCUGAAAGUUUUGAAGAUUCAUAGCAAAUAAACGCUCCCUAGACAUCAUAGUACAACUGGCUAGGUGUCUUAAAAUUUUUACAAGACCAAUAUAAGGAAUAAAAUUUCAAAGAGACUGAGUAAAUGUUAGAAAAGCAAUAAUUACAGGAGAAAAUAUCAUAGAUAGAAGCUGAUUUGAAGGCUCAAGAAAAUAUAAAUAAAGACUUGAUUAAAAGAAUAAAAAUGCUCGAAUUCGCAUUGAGAUAGGAAAGAAUUAGAUAUACUAAGCUGCUUCAAGGAUAGAAUAUUUCUUAGGAUGUUAUUAAAUCAGUAAUGCAAGACGAAAACACAGCAAAUAUUGUUAAGCAAAACCAAAGUGUUCCCUAAGUACCUCAAAGAAAGGCCAAGUAACAUAGACCUCUCCUUUUAAAAAUACUAGAAGAAGUCGGGCUUGAUGAUAUAUUUGAUGAAGAAAACGAACUGGAUAAGGCAAAUUAAAAUUUGAAAGUUCAAGAUUUAAAGUUCCAAUAAAAAGAUUAAACAGCAUUAUUAAAGGAAAAUGAUUUAUCUUCAUUUUAGGCAAAUAAUGCAGCAGACAGUUCCUUCAUAGAUCUUAGCAAGAGCACAUCACAACCUAAUAAUUAAAAUAAUUAAAAUGCUCUUAAUGCUACUGCUUAACAAGAACAGCAACUAUCAUAGUAACAGUCCUAAUUAGAAAAAUCAAAUUCAGGUCAACAAAUUCCUAACACUAUGAGAAACAAUUUGUAGUCAUAGUAAGAGAAUGUAAAUAAUAAUAAACAAUUUGAUAAAAUGGAUGAAACUAUUGAAUCCUAUAAAUCAAACAGACAAAAUAUUGUUUAAUUAAAAUGUCAACUUAAGAGUCACCUAGAUGGUGUCAGAGACACAUAUUUUGCUGGAAAUAAUAUUUUAGUUACUGUUUCAGAAGAUUGCAUGAUUAAAUUGUGGGAUACAACUUUCUUCUUUCAAGCAAAUGCAGAUACUCAAAUCGACCCAUAUUAUACACUUAGAGAACAUACUGGCUGUCUUUAUACUGUUACAGGCUUCUCUUAGGAGAUAUGCUCAGAUUAAAAUUAUCAAACAGUGUUUGCAUCUGGUUCAGAGGGUUUGAUCAAAGCUUGGAGCAUAUAAUCAAGUGAUAAAGUAGAUACUUUUGGCACGACUGAGAAUAAAAACUAUAGUUCUGGAUCAUGGCAAGUAAGUGAAGAACCUGUUUGGUAGAUCAUAGCCCAUCCUUUUGAAAAAAAAUUAUUAUCAGCUAGUGCAGAUGGAAAAGUACACAUGUGGAGUGUUAGUGAAGAAUAUGGCAAAACUUAUGAAGGUAAAAUGCUGCAAUAGUAUAUUUACAAACCUCAAGGAGAUAAAUUAGAUAUUCCAACAUCUUGUGCCUGGGUUUAUUCAAACCUUAAUUUUAUAGCAGCAUCUUAUGCAAACUCUAACUCACUAGUUUUAUUUGAUAAAGAAUCUGCAAAAGCUCAAAAUGUGAUUAAGUAUUAAAGUGAUUUAUAAAUUGAUUAAAUUUACAGAUUUGUUGCACAUCCUUAACUAAGAAUGUUGAUAUCAGGUCAUGAAGACAGCUAUAUUCGUUUCUUCGAUAUUAAUUAAAAUAAACCUGUUUACUCCUUGAAAGGACAUAACGAUACAGUAACAGGUAUUUCUUUCCAUUAAGAUAAAAACUAUAUAAGCACAGUCGGACAUGAUGGAUUUAUAAAGACUUGGGACUUAAGAUAAUAUAAAUGCUUAAAUGAAAUAAAAGCUCACUAAUCAAAAUACGAUGAAGCUAUUCAUAGUGUAAAUUGCAGCUAGACUUCAGAUUAUAUAGCAACAGCUGGUGCUGACGGAGUUGUUAACAUUUAUCAAACAAAUGUUUGA